AUGGCCAAUGACUUAAGUCAAGACCUCCCGAAUGGACCUCUCAGUGCCCGAAGCAGAGAUGGUUACACAGAGGUACCUGAAAGAAGGUGCUCGGGAGAUGAAAGCAUCACAAGCUCUGAUCGGGUCCGAAGUGGCUUGGCUUCCUCUGAGCCCCCGAAGCCAAAUGUCAAGCUCCUCUUUACGUGUGUGACGUUUGGUGAGUUCACUGCGAGUGUCACGGAAUGGGACACAGUUGGCCGCCUGAAGCAUGAUUCAGGCCUCUGGGCGCUGGGAGGUGGCACCUUUCGCAAGCUACUGCGAGAUCAUGCUGAAAGACAUCAAGCUCAACAUCUGCAUCUUCUGGAGCGAAUCCAUAUCUUAGAUGGUUUGUCAAAUGUGCAGAAGGUGAAUGUUGGUGCAGUGGCUUUGUUAGAUGAGAGCUUCACAUCAGGACAUUUGGUGGCGUCAGAGGGGGAGGAAUGUCGGCGAUUGUACCUGGUGAAGAGUGGAGCUCUCCAGUUAGUUCAAGGUGGAGAGCGUGAAGGUACCCACUGGCUGGGCGGCACGCCGAUCAAAGAGGUGGGCACGGGGGGUGUCUUCGGUGAGGACUACCUGAGGAUAGAUGCUUCACACACUCUAGAGGGCAACUUGGUGGCUGUCGGUGACACGAGCCUGGUCUGUGUCCUCAUUGAGAAACUGGCUUCGGUAUUAGGCGAGCAUGUUGAACUGCAGUUGGAGAAAGCCUUUGUUGGCCUCUCAUUGCGGCGGACGCCUUGGUUUGACAGCUUCCCUCGGCCACGUCAGCAGUGCAUCAUGAGCAACCAGGUCAAGGUGAUCAGUUGCCCACCUGGAGCCGCAGUCCGAGAUCUUGAGAGGGUCAGCUCGAUGCCUUACUAUGCUUUGGUCUUGGAGGGGAGCUUCGUUGCGGGUGAAGUCACCCUCAGGCGAGGCCAAAGCUGUCAAUCUGUGGCUGUCGAACGCCUCGAGCCCUUUAGUUGCAGCUGGAAAACGGGUGCUUUUUCUGAAGGUUGUGAAGUAUUCGGAAAGCGAGUACGACGACCACGGACAGAUCUCUCGAAAUGGAGGUUGGCCUUGGUCCCACUUGAGGGUGUUGCCAGAUGUCUUUGCGGUGAAGAGGAUCUUCCAUCCGAUUUGACCCAACACAUUUGCCAGGUACUCAUGAUCAUGAGGCUGCCAUUGCUGAAGCGCCUGGCCGACUUCCAGAUGUCGGCUGUAGCCCGUGCACUGGUCGCCUCCUCCAACUGGAAAGCUGGAGAGAUCGUUUUCGAUCAAGGAGAACUUGAUGCGGAUAAGUUCUACAUCAUUGUGAAGGGUGGAGUUCGUGUUGACCGGGAUGGCACGCUGCUCCGGGAGCUGCGCAGGGGCGCCUGCUUCGGGGAGCGUGCGCUGCUCUUCAGCGAGCCCCGCUCGGCCAAGGUUACUGUGACAGAACCAGACACGCAGUUCUGGAGUGCCGACCGUAACGUCUUUGAAAAGUAUGUGACCAAAAAUAUGCGAGAUGACUUGCGCGAACGUGCAAAGUUGCAAGACUGGACUCUAUCCUUAAAGACUCUCAGGCACGUCAGGAGCAUUGGGGUGGGCUCCUUUGGCUCAGUGCGCAUGGUGGAGCACGUGAAGACCGGCGCUCGAUAUGCUCUGAAGCGCAUCAAGAAGGUGGAUGGAAAGGUGCCUGAGGAGGUGCAGGAAGAGUGUAAACUUCUUUCGGCCGUGAGUCAUCCCUUUGUGCUUCAGAUGGUGAAGUCCUUUGAGACAGACAAAGGGAUCUAUAUCCUCACUGAGCUCAUCACGGGUGGUCAACUCUACGAACAGAUGAGGGACAAGAUGGGUGCUGUCAGCAGGCGACAUGCACAGUUCUAUAUUGGCUCCCUAGUUCUCAUUUUGGAGGCUUUGCAUAUCAAUGGCGUCGCCUACAGAGAUCUGAAGCCUGAAAAUGUGAUGCUGGAUUCACAGGGCUACUUGAAGCUGGUGGACUUUGGCUUAGCCAAAGAUCUGAUGGACGGCAGCAAGACUUUUACCGUCGUGGGCACUGUCAGCUACAUGGCACCUGAAAUUUUUGGUGGCACGGGCUACAGCCUUGAAGCCGAUUUUUGGUCCUUGGGCGUUCUGCUGUAUGAGAUGGUCUGUGGGAGACUCCCUUUCGGCAAUGAGUGCCUGGAAGAAGACCAUAUCAUUGGUGCCAUCAUGGAGGAGGAGUUGGUCUUUCCGCCAAAGUACAAUGACAAUGCAGGCAAGAAUCUGAUAGAGCGGUUUUUAGUGAAGAAUCCUGCAGAGCGCAUCGGAAGCAAUGAUGGCUGGGCAGAAGUCAAGGACGGCAGCAGCGGACAGUUGACAGAGGCUUUUCGUCUUGUGCACCUUGCAGUUUUUGCGUUCGAAGUGUGGGCACCGGGCACGUUCUUCCUCUCUUCAUUCCAGUUGCUCCAUGGCCCUGAGCUUCAUCAGGACCACAAGUUCUUCAAGGUGGUGAAAGGGGAUCUCUUCACCCAGAUUCUGAGCCGAGAGAUGAGUCCUCCACUUCUGCCCGAAGGGGAGGAGUACUCGAAAGAGGAAUUCUUGUGUCCCGGAGUCGUCCCAAGUGAAGAGCUUGCUAUGAUUCUUGCAACUGCAGAGAUUGAUAUGACCAGGAGGCAGAUUGAUGCUUUAGUGGAGGCGGUGGACACCAAAGCAGAUGGCAUCACAUUUACCACAUUCUGCGCAUUCUUGGAGCACAGUGAGUUGGAUGCGGCUGCAGUGCUUCGUGCGCUUGAGUCCAAGUAG